UCCCUUCGCCUUUCCCUUAUUCCACUCAACUGAUGAUUUCAGCAAGCGAGGGAGAUGAGGGUCGUGUCGUCGAUGGGAUAAAGCGGCUUCUUUCUCUUUUCCUCCUCUCUCUCUCUCUUUAUAUGAGAGAGUCUCUCUCUGACCAACCACAGAUAUUACAGCAAAAUUCGGGAAAGUAGCAUCACAGAGUCUGAGGGUUUUGUAGGAUAAUUACUGGAGGUUUAGCUAUGAAAAAGGUUUCAAAGACCAGCUGCAAGUCAGCAUCACAUAGGCUCUUUAAAGACAAGGCGAAGAAUCGGGUUGAUGAUCUGCAAUUGAUGUUCAUAGAUCUGCAGUUUGCCAGGAAGGAGAGUCGGACGGUUGAUGCUGCUGUUCUUGAGGAGCAGGUCCAUCAGAUGCUUCGUGAAUGGAAGGCUGAGCUUAAUGAACCCUCUCCGGCUUCUUCUUUACAGCAAGGUGGCAGUCUUGGAUCAUUUUCGACCGAUAUCUGCCGAUUAUUGCAGCUGUGUGAGGAAGAAGAUGAUGCCACUAGUCCAUUAGCUGCUCCGAAACCUGAGCCUAAUGAUCAGAGUCUGCAAGCUGGGGUUAAUAUGAUAUUCCAAGAGAAUCGACAGCAACAUGAUUUCCCAUUGGUUGAUGAGACCAAAUUCUCCUCUGGAGUUCGCAAUGUUGCAGCUAACAAUAUGGAUGGAGGUGCUCUAGAAUAUCACCAGUUUGACUUGCAUCAAGACUUAAAUCACAGUUUGUAUACUGGUCUUUAUGGGUCAGCGUGUGAGGAGGAUGCCAUUCCCCAUAUGUCCAACUAUCUCCCCAUCAUCUGCCCUCCUCCUUCUGCUUUCUUGGGCCCAAAAUGUGCACUUUGGGACUGUCCAAGGCCUGCUCAAGGGCUGGAGUGGUUUCAAGACUAUUGCAGUAGCUUUCAUGCUACUCUAGCAUUGAAUGAAGGGCCACCAGGAAUGGCCCCGGUUCUACGACCUGGGGGCAUUGGUUUGAAGGACAAUUUACUCUUUGCUGCUCUUAGUGCAAAGGCACAGGGAAAAGAUGUUGGCAUCCCUGAAUGUGAGGGAGCGGCAACUGCAAAAUCUCCAUGGAAUGCACCUGAGUUGUUCGAUCUUUGUGUUCUUGAGGGUGAGACUAUCAGGGAGUGGCUCUUCUUCGAUAAGCCUAGAAGAGCGUUUGAGAGUGGAAACAGAAAGCAGAGGUCACUGCCGGAUUAUAGUGGACGUGGUUGGCACGAAUCUAGGAAGCAAGUGAUGAAUGAAUUCACAGGCCUGAAGCGGUCCUAUUAUAUGGAUCCGCAACCACUGAACCAUUUUGAGUGGCAUCUUUAUGAGUAUGAGAUUAGCAAGUGUGAUGCAUGUGCCUUGUAUCGGUUGGAAUUAAAGCUUGUUGAUGGGAAGAAGAACUCCAAGGUGAAGGUAACUAAUGAUUCAGUUGCUGAUUUGCAGAAGCAGAUGGGGAGGCUCUCUGCUGAGUUUCCUCCUGAUAACAAACAGUCUGUGAAAGGCAGAGCUAAACUCAAUGCCAAGGUUGGUAUAGGUGGCAUACCAGGAUCUAACAGAGUUAUGCCAGGAAACGGAACAUAUGAGUAUGGUUUGCCUGCACCAUAUGAUUAUCUAGUUGAGAAUGCUGGUGAAUAUUACCUGACGUAAUUCAUCAUGGGAAGUUGUACAACAUGCUGCAGUCAGCUUGUUUAAUAUUCAAUAAAGGCGUCGCUUGGCCCCUCGACUCUCAUUUGAUCUACUUGCCUUUUCUUCUUUAGCAACUAGAAGCCAAGGUCAUUGUUUUUUUGGCUUGUCAAGAUAUUGUGAAUAUCUCACUCUCUCGCUGGAGUGCCUGCGUUAGAGGCUGCUGGAUGGUGAAUUCUAGCUCUUGAAGAUGAUCACAUCACAGCAAAAUUGAUGUAUGCGGUUAUUAUGAUUAGCAAUUGGUGAAUGCGAGAUAGAAUUGAACCAGCAUUCACCAAAAUGACAAAUAUGGUAUUAAGGCAGAGUCACCAUGAUACGGAAAUUAGCCUGUUACCAAAAUUAUGCUAAUGUAAGUCACUUAUGCGGCCCUUUUGAAGCUAUUAGCUUCAUGAUAAACUUUCAAGGGGAUGGAUGGUACAUAUUAUUGGCAAUGUAAUAAACGUUUCAGUCCUUUUUUGAGUAAUUUUUAUGACUCAAGAAGGGAAUCUAACUUUCAAAGUUAGAAUUAAUGCAGUCUAGCUGAUGAUAAUCUCUAUUGUCAAGUUUCCUGUUUUAUUGUUCGUUGCUUGUAAAA